AUGUCGCAUCCUCCCCCAACCUCGCAUAGAAUGGGUGACAAGAAGCGGUAUCAUUAUUCCAAUAAUCCCAACAGUGCGGUGAGGCAUGGGCAUUCUGUAUUCGGCAAGAAGAGUUAUGGCGGUUUGAGCUCUGGUAACGGAAGUGCGGGAGAGCUAUCUGCACCGGGAAGCGGCAUAAGCAGCAGUGUGUCCAGUGCGCAACAGUCGCGAUACGAUCCUAGCUCACCGAAAAGAGUGCCCAGCAGCGGCAGAAGUCGAUAUAAUCCUGAUGUAGAGGUGGCUCCGCAGGCUCUAGCGUCAUCGGUUCCAAAUUUUGUUGUAAAGAAAAGAAGUUCUUUGGGCAAUAUAGAUAAUAGUGGUUCCGUCAAUGGUGCGGCAGGUGCUGCUGGUCUCGUUGGUGCAGGGAGAGCAAGUAGUGUAAGCGGCCUUAACGGUUCCGCAAGCGUUGGUGGUUCGAGAUACUCCGGCAGCAGGUAUAAUCCUGGACAAACAACCCAAAAUUCUAGCAGUCAUUUGGCAAGAACUAGCGUGGUGCAAGCAAAUGCGGUGUCAGGUGCUAAGGUACCCGUUGGUCAUUACAACAAUGUGAAUAGGCAAACGCGACCUAGGUCUAUGGAUCAAUUUGGAAAGGAUACACCUUACCAUUAUCAAAAUGUCAAUUCCAGUCAAUCAGGACUAUUGAACAAUGCAAGUCCAAGUAGUGCUACAGGAUAUUAUUCAAGAACGAAUAAAUGGAGAUCAAAUAGUGGAUCUUCCAAACUAGACUACGAUAUUCAUAAUCCGAAUUUAACACAAUCGACAAGACCGUCUUUCUGGAACUCCCAGUUGCCAGCUAAUAAAUUUUCGGUCGAAAAUCGACGAUUUAAAGGUUCUUCUGUGUCCCCCACCUCUGGAAGUGAGAACACACCGGCCAGAUAUGAAAAUUCAGUACAGAAUGCUGAUAAUAAUCGAAAUUCAAGCAAAGAAAGCAGUUUAGAAAUUAGGGUGGAAGAAAAAGACGCUGAUGUAAUUAAGAAUUCAAAUCCUCAUUCUCUUGGAUCUAGUUUGAUCAAUUCAGUACCACAAACAACAAGAAAAGUAGAGGAGGAACACGCAUCAGGUCAUAAAAACGUUGAUGUGGAUAAACAAAAUAUAAUUGAGACAUUGAAAGUUAACAGUGAAAUAGAGAAAAACACACCCAAAAAUCAUGAAUAUUCGGUAAAGUUCGGUCGAAAUGUACCAAAGAAACAAGAACGUGAGCAGCCAAUUAUUGACAAAGAAAUCUAUUCACAAAAAAAGAAGGAUAUAGAGAUUAAAGAGGACAAAGAUAAUAAGGAAAGGAAAGAGUUUAUAGAGGAGAAAGAGAUUGAGGACAAGAAAGAGAUUGAGGACAAGAAAGAGAUUGAAGGCAAGAAAGAGAUUGAAGACAAGAAAGAGAUUGAGGACAAGAAAGAGAUUGAAGACAAGAAAGAGAUUGAGGACAAGAAAAAGAUUGAGGACAAGAAAGAGAUUGAGGACAAGAAAAAGAGUGAGGCCAAGGAAAAUAGUGAGAAAUAUGAGGGGAAUGAGAAGCAAAAGGAGAUCAAGGAGAAGAAGGAAAAAAAGGAGACUAUGGCUGGAUUGUGGUCAUUCUCUCGGCCAUCGAGUGAAGUUUCAAACGACAUGGAUAUUUCUAGAAAAGCUGGAGAUAAAGUAGAAGCAGAAUAUAGUCCUCUUUUCAACAAAACAGUAAACUGGGGUUUUGAAGACUAUGAGUUUGUCUAUGACCCAGUGAUAUUGAAGACGGAUUUGAGCAAGAUAAAUGUAAAUCCGGAUCUUGUUGGAUAUUCAAUCCCUUUGAAACCAAUUGAAAAAUGUAUUUUUCCAAUGACUAGAAAUGAAACUCGGUUAUGGGAGCUUAAAAAUCAGAAGAGAAAAGACAUUAUUUGUGAACAAAAGUACCUUCUGAAGAAUCCAAUUAAAUCAUUAGGUUCUUAUCCUUUUUUGAAAACAAAUAUGUUAAUCUACAAGCAAGCUGUGAAACCGAUUCUGAUAAAGUCUAUAUCAAAAUUAAAAAGAUAUCAAUAUCUGAGGAAAUUGCAAUUAAAAAAACAAUUAAUCGAACUUGAUUCCAAUUGGCAACAGAAAUGUUCAGAAAUGGAUGAAAUAAGCAAAAAUUUGAGGAAAAAGGAACCCAGUAAGAUAAAUGGAGAAAACGACAAAGAACAGCAAGGGCAUACAGUAGAUGGAAGUGAUAAUUUGAGGGAACGUAAAGCGUCUGGCUCUUCUAGAAGACGUAACAGAGCGGAUUUUGUUGAUGAUGCGGAGAUUGAAAACGUCCUUCUCCAGAUUGACCCAGAUUACAAACAUCAUCAAUCGGCUGCAGACAUACCACCAAUAAUAAUUAAUCCUGUCGAGAAAUACGGGAAAAAAUUUAAAGAUGUUAAUAAUCUUGUAACUGAUAAGCAAAGUUGGGCUUCAAGAAUACUAAAAGAUGGCGUGGAUACAUUCACCGAACAUGAACACGAAUUGUUUGUUGAAGGUUAUUUAACAUACCCAAAGAAAUUUGGAAAAAUUUCGUACUACAUGGGCGGAAUAAGGUCACCUGAAGAAUGUGUUUUGCACUAUUAUAGAACGAAAUCAUCGACCAAUUAUAAAAGGUUACUUGCUGAUAAAAAUAAAAAAAGACAAAAAGGUGCAGUAGCUAAACGUCGGAGAAGGAAAGAGAAAAAUGGAGAUGUGGAGAAUGAGGUUUUAAUGAAUGAUGACCCUGAGAAUACGCAGGAAGUUCGCACCAGUGAAAGAGCACAAGUUUCAGAAGCUCAAGAGGAAACAAUAGAGACGAAGCCUCGAGAAAUUGAGCCAAAACCUCCCAAAACCGAUGAGAAGUUAACAAAGCAGGAGGCAAAUGAUAACGAUAGCAAAAGCGAUGAUGCAAAAACAUAUGAGCAUGUCGUGCAAAAACAAAUGGAACAAAUAGAAAUCAAACUUCCCCAGCACGAGACUGAACCUGAGAGCGAAAAGCAGCAUGAGCUAGAAGCUGCUAAGAAUGUGGAGCUGAGUGAUGUUUGUGUAGGAGAGACAACAGCACAAGCAAAGUUUGAGGAGACUGUGCAGAGCAAUGCAAAUAUUAAUUAUAGUGUGCCAUGCGACUCUUCUGAGAGUCUCGAGACUUCAUCGAAGAAGAGGCCUCAUGAACUUAUUGAAUAUCGUAAUGAUACUCAACGUCCUAUCGGAGAAGAUGGCUUGCGCCCCACGGAAGCAGCUGAUCUGAUAGGAGGUGAUAUUUUAAUUGAAAGAAAACUUGUAGCAGCUGACGCGAUGGAUUUGGAUCCGGAAAAAUUUGAUAUGCAAGGUGAUGAAGGUAGUUCUCAAAGAAAAAAGCAAAGACAAGGCGGUGAACAUAAAUCUAGCUAUUGGAGUGUUAAAGAAGCAAAUUUAUUUCCAGAACUUUUGAAGACUUAUGGCUCUCAAUGGUCUCUUAUAUCUGAAAAGCUUGGCACGAAAUCCACAACCAUGGUGAGAAACUAUUACCAAAGAAAUGCAGCUCAACUUGGGUGGAAGUCUGUUGUUGAAGAAGCGGAUUUUAAGAGAAAUGUUACCAGUUCUGGCUCUGUUCAGCAAUCACAAAUAUUGAUACAAGCUGAGCAAUCUCCUUUGAGUCCAAUUUAUGCCGGUGUCCCUCCUCAGCAGCGACCAGCAUUGGGUUUUUUUUCAAACUCAUCAUCCAGCAAAGAGAGAUCGUCUUCACAGAAUCUGAGAGAAACUACACCUCAACCUUUUGCUUCCGAUUCAAACAAAGAACUUUUCUCUCAGACUACUACCCCAGUUAGUACUUUGCCACGACCUAGGUUACCUUCUAUCCAUUUGCCAAGUACGGAAAGCGGUACCGGUCCUGUUAAUACGGCAAACACACAAUCCCAUUUAUUGGAAGUUGCAGGUUCAAAAUUCCACGAACUGUAUUCCGCAACCCCUCCCUCUACACACGCUCUACUACCAAAGAUAGACAGAUCAACUAACGUCAAGUCACCAUCAGAUGGGUUGUUUUCAAACGUUGAUAUGCACAGAAUAACGAACUCUUCCCUGCUCACCAUUUUAAAUGAUGAUGAAAAAUCGAACGUUCCACCAGCAAGCGAUUCAACGGAUCGGGAAACUUCUACAAACAUAGGAAAGGUGAAGGGAUCAGGCUCAAUCAUAAGUAGCACUGUUCAAGAAUUACAGCCGGUAAAUCCUCACUCAGCCACCGGAAGACCUGCCUCACUAUCACUGUUGUUGAAUCCCGAGAAUGACAGACCAUCUCAAACUUCUUUUAAUCAUAUUGCACUGAAGGCCUCACCAGCUAUCCCCCAGAAGCAGAGUAAUGUACGAUCUGACCAUUUUCCUCCAAUCACAGCAACUCAGACACCAGCUGUGUCUCAACAGCAACGUGGUAUCCAGCAUUUGGCUGAACUGGCCCCGCCAUCAGCACUACCAAAUAUCAACUUCGCUAUGGAUCCAUUGGGAGCUUUGGCGGCCAUCGCCUCGGAAACUCUUAUGCCUCAAACUCAUACUAGGACAAGCUCUAAUGGAAGUAAUGCUAACGAAACAUGUAAGUUACCUCAUAAAUCUGUGUAA